GUAGCAGAUCAGAUUACACUCCUUGUUUUCAAGAAGCGGAUUAGCAAUCAGUCGCAGAUUUGUAAUCAAUUACAAGAAUAUGAUUGAAUUAGGGACCGAAAACAGACUUGCAAUCGAUUGCAAGUUUCUUGCAACGUCCCAUUAGAGAUCGUUUCUGAUUGGCUAACCGAUAUUAAGUGAUCGCGUAAAAUUAUUUUAAGUCGCCAACACCUGGUGUUGUGGUCCACAUGUAGGAGUCAUGCGUGCGUGAACUUGGUAAAAAAUAUAUAUACUGGGACAUGCAGGUAUAUAUGAAGUUGUGAAGUUAGUUGUUGAAUUUAUGCUAGACCGUGAACUAAGAAACAAAAAUGAUGAAUAUCUCUACAGUCGACGGACCAAAAGAAAUGUCAUUUUCUGGUGCGGACUAUGGUGUUCUUGGCGCCAUGCUCGCAUUUUCUCUUGGCAUAGGUUUCUACCAGGCUUGUAGCGGGGGUAAGCAGAAGACUGCUGAAGAAUUCUUGAUGGCAAAUCGUAACAUGCACCCUGUUCCUGUGGCUCUGUCUUUGGUGGCGAGCUUUAUUUCAGCUAUAACCUUCCUUGGAACUCCUUCUGAAAACUAUGUUCAUGGUAUCAUGCAUAGCUGGAAUUGGCUUGGCAGUAUUUUAUCAUCCAUCGCAACAGUUGUCUUUUUCUUGCCAACGUUUUACAAUCUUGGCCUAACCAGUUCAAAUGAGUACCUGGAGAGACGAUUUGGUAAAAGAGUUCGCAUUCUUGGAACCUUUGCUUUUUCAUUCUAUAUGCUGGUGUAUCUUGGUAUUGUUUUGUAUGCUCCAUCACUGGCUCUUAAUGCAGUGACUGGACUGGAUCUCUGGGGUUCUGUGUUUUCAAUAGGUAUCGUCUGCACGCUGUACACCGCAAUAGGGGGUAUGAAAGCAGUUCUUUGGACCGAUGUAUUUCAGGUAACAUUGAUGGUGAUUGGUUUCAUAGCUGUCAUCAUUCAGGGUGCUAUCAAUGUUGGUGGUCUUGAUAAGGCAUGGCAUAUUGCUGCUAUUGGUCAAAGAUUGGACAUGUGGGUAUGGAGUACUGACGUCACGGUGCGUCACACUAUAUGGGGAAUUGUGAUUGGUGGAGGUUUCAACUGGACCAGUGUAUUUGGAGUGAACCAGGCACAGGUUCAAAGAUACCUCACAUGCGGAUCCAUUCAAAGAGCAAAAGUAGCCAUCUUAAUUGCAACAUUUGGUAUGAUAGCGGUACAAUUGUUACCUCAUAUAGUGGGCGUGGUCAUGUAUGCUAAUUACGCUGGAUGUGACCCUAAACUGCAUGGUGUAGUGGAAAGCUAUGAUCAGAUGAUGCCGUAUUUUAUAAUGGAUCUUUUUGGUUCGAUGCCAGGACUUCCUGGUUUGUUGACGUCAGCAGUUUUCAGCGCAGCUCUCAGUACUAUUUCCUCAGGUUUAAAUGCUUUAGCUGCAGUAGCUGGUGAAGAUAUCGUAAAGAGUAUCUGGCCUGACAUCACGGAUAAACGAUACACCUGGGUCACCAAAGGACUUGCAAUAGUUUUUGGCGUUAUUAGCAUGUGCUCUGCACUACUUGCUUCGCGAAUGGGGGCUAUUUUACAGUUUUCGAUGAACAUUUUUGGAAUGUUUGGAGGUCCUGUCCUUGGUCUUUUCUCAUGUGGUAUGUUCUUUCCAUGGAUCAAUGCAAAGGGCGUCACAUUGGGCACUAUUACUGGUCUAGCUUAUUCAUGUUGGCUUGCGAUUGGAGUGCAGAUGUAUCCUAACCCACCCGACGAUCCUCCGCUCACCACCGACCAAUGUCCGAUGUCAAACACGACGACAGACUUGAUGAUGAACACGAGUUAUUUUUCUACGCUGGAUUCGACGACACCCGUCUUCGAUAACCUAACUAUGGUGGUCCCCAAUGAAUCUGCCUUGGUGAAUUUCUACAAACUUUCUUAUACGUGGUAUGGAAUAAGUUCAUGGUUGGUGGUUCUUUUCGUGGCUAACAUUGUCAGCUUUAUAACUGGUCCGCAGGAUCCAAAGAAACUUGACCCCCGUUUAAUAUGUCCAAUCGUCGACAAGAUGUACUGCUGUCUACCAGAGAAAUGGAAGAUACCAUUACGAUGUAGGGUAGGAGAGGAGUGUAAAGAUGUGGAGGAGUAUGAAUACCAAGCCAUGGAAACUAAAAACAAUGUAAUUCAUGUCGAACCGAAGAGAGAGGUAGAAUACGACGGUGAAGAAUCUGAACUCUGAUUUUAUUCUUCUGCUAUAGUCAUAAUAGUCGGGUUUAUGAGGAUACAAACUAAAACAAAAACAAAGCAUUUACGGAGCAUUUAGCACUGCCUUCAGAAAUUAUAUAACAAACCCCGAGAAAUUGGAAUAUGUAGACAUAAUGAUAUGAUCAUUCAUGGAUCAAAAUAGGAGGGGAAAAGAAAAGUAAAAAACAAAAACAAAAACUAAACAGAAAAGAGAAAGAGAAAAGUAGAAGCAAAAGAAGGGGAUGGAGGAGAAGGAAGAAAAGGGUGAAUAUCGCGACGCCUUUUUUUUUUACGAAGAACCGCUACUUGAAAAAACGAACAGGUGAAUUUUUAUACCUCGUUGUUUAGAAGAAGUCAUCAUAGUGAUAUGGAAUAUAAUCAAAGUCUUAUUUAGAAGAAACAAAACAAUACUUAGAUAUACAGUAUGAAAUUUUAUUAGUUAAUAGAAUGUUUUAUAUACUACCGAAUACAUACAAAAUAUUUGUAUCCUAUCACUGUCGAUAGUCAUGUUAUAGGUUUCUUCUCCCCAUGGAUGCAUGUCACUCGAUGAGUGAUGUGCUAUAGACCAGUGUGCUUUGUAGAGAUAGUAUUGACACACUAAACAUUUUCAGAAAACGAUUGAAUUUAUAUUAUACAACUUUGUUUUAAAUAGGAAAUCAUCGGCCAUUUAAAGGAAUCGUAUACUGUAAUCCGCUAAGAGAACGAUAAUAAUAAUAAUCUGUUUAUUUAUACAGCACUCUUACAAAAUGAUUAGGAACAGAAAUAAAUAGGCCUAGAUAAUACAUGUAAGAGUAUUGAUUGAUAAACGGAGUUUUGAUAUGUUUCUUUAAAAAAAAAGAUGGUGAAAGACUCAUAAAUCUUGUUGGAAUCUCGAUCGUUCCAGCAUCUUCAGGCACAUGCCUGAAAUGCCUGAAAAGCAUUGUCACCAGCUUUGGUACACACAUAAAAUGUUGGGCAACAUUACUGUUCACUGUGUUGGGUAAUGUAUGUUGGUAAAAACUACUAAACCCCUCAAAAAAGUUUGGAAAUCUGAGUUUGGCCAUUAAUUUCUCCCAACUCCCAAUUUUACACAAUGCAUAUUUGACAUCAUUCAAUAGAUGAUUUAAUUCUCUUUAAAAUAAUAAUAAUAAUAAUCCGUUUUUUAUAUAGCGCUUAAUACAUCGGAACGACGUGUCUAAGCGCUUUACAGGUAUAUUAUUACCCCGGUCAUCGGAUUCAAUCAGUCAUUCCCGCACACAAUGUGUGCACAUCCUCCACUCCCUGGGGAGUAUUCCAGUCAGUCGCCGGUGAGGCGCACACAGUACUGGACAAGCUACAAUGACUUUCACAUCCUACCGGGUACCCAUUUAGCACCUGGGUCGAGAGUGGCAAAGUGUGGAUUAACGCCUUGCCAAAGGACGCCAGACCGCGGUGGGAUUCGAACACUUAGAUAUACAGUAUGAAAUUUUAUUAGUUAAUAGAAUGUUUUAUAUACUCUGUUUACAAGGCGAGAGUCAGAACCACUACAUCACGGCUCCUCCACUGCUUGUUAUGAUCAUGCCAUCACUUAAAGAGCAGGAUUCAAAAGUGUUGGAUGAGGUCUAAAUUGAAAAGCUGCAAAACGAGCAAAAAAAAGUUUGGAAAUCUGAGUUUGGCCAUUAAUUUCUCCCAACUCCCAAUUUUACACAAUGCAUUUUUGAUAUCAAUCAAAAGAUCAUUUAAUUCUCAUUAAAAUGAUACCAUGCUUAUUAUGUUAAUACAGAACAUAAUUCUUUUGUCUGUGUCAAUAGAGAUGAAAAUCCAUUCGAAUCAAGCCCCUGCUUCUUCAUUGUUUAUGUUUUGUUGUGGUUUAUGUAGUGAUGGUUCUGUGAUGGUUUGAGUCGUGGUUUGAAAUACCCAUGCAUGUUUGUUUGUUUGCUAUGUGUUUGCUUGUGCAGAGGUGUGUUUGAUAUGUUUGUUGAUUUUAAGGUGCAAUGAAACAAUUUAAAGAAACCGAUGAGAAACUCGCUCAUCACCACGG